AUGUUCUUUCCGGAAAUAUGUGUGUAUUGUUGUUUAAAUGUAAAUAGUAUAAAACACACUGACACAAUGUCUUAUUUCCUAUUUGCUGGAUUUAAGGUAUAUAUGACCUAUAUGGUGUUUACGCUAAUGAAGCUAACAAGACAUGGCUACAGAGAGAAAAUAUUUCUGGGUGGGCUACUUUUUACAGUGCUUUCUUCGUCCUACUGCACUGGUAUUAGGGAUGUAGAAAGGAAAAUUGCAGACUUAGCUAUUUACACUGUGUUUAUAGCGCCUGCCUCUUGGGACAGCAUUCUUUUCCAGGCAUACAUUCAAAAGCGCUCUUCAAAGAGUGCUAUAGAGCAGAGCAAGCUUGUAAUUCAGGAGAACGUGGAGCAGCUUAAGAAAAUAUUGAAGGAGAGCGUGGCAGACACCUCAUUUAAAUUCUCUCUAAAAAGGCUUUUUAACAAAUACAAGAAUACCCAUCUUACAAACUUUCCGGAUAGAAAUCAGUUCUUUGCAGGGGAUGAAAACACAGCACAGGCAGGGGAUAUGCAGAGAGUUGCAGUUGAAGCAAAACUCGAGAUUCUUGAUAAGAUAUCUAAAUCAGAGCAGAUGAUUCUAGUUGAGAAUAUUAAGAAAAUACUCUUUCUAAUGGGGCAGAGGACAGAAAAAAAAGAAAUUUGGAGCACGUAUAGCAAUGUGAUUGAGAAAACAAUGCAGGCAAUGGGGAGUACUAACUCAGUGAAGAUAACCUUAGAUAAUACAGCACAGCAAUUUUACACUGAAAUAAGACAGCUGCUUCUGGACAGAAAGAUAAAUCAGCACGUGUUUGACUUGGAAAAGGCCCGGUUUAAUCUUGGCGGAGCAAUAUACAGCCCGGGUCUUCUUAUUGAUAUAGCAGGAAAGUUGACAACAGAAGAUAAAGACAAGUUUGUUGUUAGCCUAGUGAAUUCUCUUCUGCAGCCUCUAAUUCAGCUAAAGGCAAAGGUUGAUGGAAGUACGCCCGAGAACAUCAAAGAGGAGGUGAUUAAAUACCUUCAGUCUGUUACAAACUCAGUUGAUGUGUAUUUCUUGAAGAAAGAGAUUGCAGAGUCGCAGGAGCUCAGAUCUGAGUCGAUCUGCAGAAGGAUUGAUCAGCUGUCAGACAAGAAGAAAGUGUCACAGAAGAUUGAUCAAGUGCAGAUGAAAAACACAAAAAGAAUGAUUGCAACACUGCAAGAAGCAAAUACAUCUCUUUUUAAAGACUUCAUUAUUAUAGACAGAGAAAUAGUUUCUAAGUACACGGAAUACAUUAGAACAGGCGGUGGAGACAAUAAGCUUAAAGAGGAGCUCGAAUCAACAUUUAAUCUCUUCUGA